AGUUUCAUUUUUGAAUCAUAAGGACAGUAAGAACAGGCGAGAGGAUGGGAGAAAGAGAGGACAAAAGUGACAAGGGCAUGGAAGAAAGGCAAGACAGGAUACAGUUGCAGUCUAGCCGUCAAGGUUUGGACCUUUAUCUUGGCUGUUUAACCAAAAAACAGCUGAUAAUAAUAUCUGUGGCUGUUGGACUUGUUCUCCUUGUGAUUAUCAUUACUCUCGCUGCUGUGCUCACCAAAAAGUCAGGUUCCCCAGCUCAUCCCUCAUUUUCAACUGGUGGAGACAUGCUGGACUUCCUGGUUCAGUCGGGUGAUAUCAGCAAACCUGAUGGUCUGUUGGCUACCUGGUUUCACCGAGCCAAUAGAAAGGAGGAAAUGAACAAAGCCCUAACAAGUGACGCUAUGAUCCUAGAGGCUGAUGUCACUCUUGAGGGUUAUGGAACACCCAGUGAGAAGCCAAUCCCUAUCAUGGCCCACCCUCCUGCCAUCUAUAGUGACAACACUCUGGACCAAUGGUUGGAUGCUGUGCUGGAAUCUCGAAAAGGCAUGAAGUUGGAUUUUAAGUCUCUGAGAUCAGUAGGUUUGUCACUGGACCUGCUUAUUAAAAAAAACAGUAGUAGAGGAAUAAACAGGCCUGUUUGGCUUAAUGCAGACAUCCUCCAAGGUCCCAACGUACCAGACUUUGUGCCUCCAAUCAAUGGAACCAGAUUUCUGCAGUUGAUUCAGGAGAAGUUUCCAGAUGUGACUUUGUCUCCUGGAUGGAGGGUGGGCUAUUUUCCUCCGCAUAAUGUUGAGACCUACACCAGGUCCAUGGUGGAGGAGAUGUACAAUAUGAUCAAAGAUGUCCCUCAAAAGGUGACAUUCCCAGUCCAUGCCCUGUUGGUUCGCAGCGGCUGGCAGCACAUCAGCUGGAUCCUGAGCCAGUCACCACGGUUCAGUAUGACAUUGUGGCAGGGUUCAGUUCACCCAAACAUCACUGAUCUUCUGUUCAUUCGUGAGAACACCUACCCUACCAGAGUCUACUAUGAUAUAUAUGAACCAACACUGUCUGCAUUCAAAGAGGCUGCAAGGCAACAGGGACUUCUGAGAAGAUUUUAUCCUGGAGGAAACCUGAUGGACUUCCUCUAUCCGGGUCACAACUCAGAUGCUGACGUUCUGUCCACAGCCACACAACACAACAGCCUUGCAGUCCAUUGGCUGAGAGUCACUGACAAGACCUCCUUAUUGGCUCAGUUUUCAGAAGGUGAUGGUGGUAUGCUGGUGGUUCAGGUGGCCUCUGACAGCAGCCGACUUGGAGUCCCUCUGGUGGAAGGUUCUGGAAAGAGCUCAGAGGCCUUCACACUGCAGGACUUCCUGCAGCUGCUUGGGCAGAGAGCUGAUGUUCCCUGGGGUGUUUACCUGCGGAUCCACACGCACCAGCUUCUUGAAGCUUCCCUCAAGCUGCUGCACUCAGCCUACAAUAGAGAGAAGCUCUACAGACCUAUCUGGAUCAGCAUGGAGGAUUUACAGGGCACUGACAAUGUUGAGGAGUUUGUAUCCACAGUAGAGAGGUUGUUCCCUUACAUUACCAUCGUCCUGACAGAGCAGAACAGGCCUCCUCUGACCCCAGCAACAGGCUUGUCUCAAAGGGUGGCCCUACAUCUGAAAACAGCAUCACUGCCAAAAGGACAAGAGGCGUUAAACUCUCUAAUGGGAAUGAUGUACACAUAUGACCUAAUUGUGGAGGAGGACACAAAAAGCAGUGCUGGGGCUCUCGCAUCCUUCAAAGGACUUAUGACCCAGCGUACAGGGAGAGCAAACACAAACCUGUAUGUGAUGUCUGAUCAGUCCUAACUGAGUAUAGAUAUGACCAACCCAGAAUUACAGCAUUUAAAAGGAUAAUUGUGUCAUACAGCUACCUCUUAAUGUAAUGUGAAUUGACAUAACUAUGGGACAUUGACUCAACAGCUCUACACACUGUUAAUCAUCGGAAGGCUAAUGUUAUCAGCGGAUACUGGCUAUUUACUCAUCUAUCAGUGUAUCCGGUGAUGGAUAUCAGUAAGAAAUGAUUGUACAUAAAUGAGAGUGCUUGAGAUGUCUUGUCUUCCACUGAAAUAAAAUGAAAUGUAGGAUGUGA